UCGUUCUUUCUGGCUAACUCGGCUGUAGCGACAGUACCGCUGCACCGAAGGACUUCUGGAAAGUUACGGUUCGGUGUUCCCCCCCCUUGCCUACGUUGCUGUCAUGGCCCCCAGCGCCCAGUUAAAGGAGGCGAUAGCUGAUGUACAGGAAGGCAUCCGAGCCAUCCUGCUCGGACCUCCCGGAGCCGGUAAAGGGACUCAGGCUCCGCGGUUAGCAGAGAAAUACUGCGUCUGCCACCUGGCAACAGGGGACAUGUUGAGAGCCAUGGUGGCCUCUGGCUCGGAGCUCGGCAGGAGGCUGAAGGAGACCAUGGACUCCGGCAAACUGGUCAGCGAUGAGAUGGUCGUUGAGCUCAUAGAGAAAAACUUGGACACGCCCGCCUGCAGGAACGGUUUCCUGUUGGACGGGUUUCCUCGGACGGUCAAACAAGCAGAGAUGCUCGAUGGCUUGUUGGACAAAAGGGACGAGAAGCUGGACUCUGUGAUCGAGUUUUCUGUCGACGACUCCCUGCUGGUUCGCCGGAUCUGCGGCAGACUCAUCCACCAGCCCAGCGGCCGCUCCUACCACGAGGAGUUCAACCCCCCCAAAGAGCCCAUGAAGGAUGACGUGACGGGCGAGCCGCUCAUCCGCCGCAGCGACGACAACGAGAAGACGCUACGCUCCCGUUUGGACGCCUACCACCGGCAGACGUCCCCUCUGGUGCAGUACUACAGCGCCAGGGGCCUGCACACGGCCAUCGACGCCGCCCAGAGCCCCAACGUUGUCUUCGCCUCCAUCGUCGCCGCCUUCUCCGCAGCCACAGAAGUCCCGGCUCGCGCCAAAGCUUCUGGUUGAACCCUGAGCUGCUCCGCGUCCCGAGGUGAUCAAACAGGAGGGAGGAGGGUAGACUGAGUUUACUGUGCUGUUAGGCUCCUCAAAGCGUUUCUACUCCCUGUAGGUUAUGACUGAGCCAGCGCAUCCCCUCUAAUAAACCUGCUGCUUUUCUACAA